GUUGUAUCGGACGUUCAAAGACAGUAAAUAUCUGUACAUGCUGAUGGAGGCCUGUCUGGGAGGAGAGCUGUGGACCAUACUGAGAGACAGGGGUUCAUUCGAAGACUCCACCACCAGGUUUUACACGGCCUGCGUGGUCGAGGCCUUCGCCUACCUGCACGCCAAAGGCAUCAUCUACAGAGACCUGAAACCUGAGAACCUCAUACUGGACAGCCGGGGAUACGCCAAGCUGGUGGACUUUGGCUUUGCAAAGAAGAUCGGCGUCUGUAAGAAGACGUGGACGUUCUGCGGCACGCCAGAGUACGUGGCUCCAGAGAUCAUCCUGAACAAGGGUCACGAUGUCUCUGCUGACUACUGGUCUCUGGGGAUCCUGAUGUACGAGCUGCUGACGGGCAGCCCUCCCUUUUCAGGUCCAGAUCCCAUGAAGACCUACAACGUCAUCCUGAGAGGCAUCGACAUGAUCGAGUUCCCCAAGAAGAUCACCAAGAACGCUGCCAACCUCAUCAAGAAGCUCUGCAGAGACAACCCGUCAGAGAGACUCGGGAACCUGAAGAACGGUGUCAAAGACAUCCAGAAACACAAGUGGUUCGAAGGUUUUAACUGGGAGGGUCUGAGGAAAGGAACUCUGACUCCGCCCAUCACGCCUGACGUCUCCUCUCCGACUGACACCAGUAACUUCGACAGUUUCCCUGAAGACACAGACGAGCCGCCCCCGGACGACACCUCUGGUUGGGACUACGACUUUUAAUCCAGCUGGCGUCUGAACUCCGAGUGUGACGCCCCACGGUGU